AUGGUCCAUGAGCACUGUCAACCGUCUCAAUUUGUUCUUUUGCAUCUCCACCAUCUACUUUUCUGCCUCCAGUCCUGUGCCCAGCGUACUGCAGGCCCACUAGACUGCCCCGCCCCGCCACUAUCCACAUCGCCGCCACCUACCCGACAGGCCUACCGGGCACUUGCCGCCAUUACCGCCGUCACCCGAAGCAAGCGCUUCCUUCCGUCCCCUACACCGACUGCAAGCAGCGCCCAGCCUUCGCCCAACAAGAAGCUCAAGCCGUCCCAUAAGAGUACAAAGCCGAAAGGGAAAAAGCCGGCAAAAGAGCCCACCCCGCCACCAGCACUACUAGAGGCAGCACCGCCGACUCCAAAGGAGCUUGACGUAGAAGAGAAGAACAGCAUGUCGUCGGACGGAGAAAAUGAAGACUUUGAACUUGAGGAUGAUGACUAUGACGAGGAUGGGUUUGGGACGGAGGACAUGGACUCGGCUUCUGAGCCCGAUGCGUUCGAUGCUCUGUCCCCCAACGUUGAUGACGGACCCCCAAAGAAGCCUUACGACGUGGCUUACAAAAUACUCGACCUCGACCAAAUUACCGCUAUGCAGCAAGGCAUGAUCGCCGAUGUAGUCUCUCUUCUAGCUGUCCCUAUGUCCACCGCUUCCGCCCUCCUCCGUCAUUUCAGCUGGAACCGGGAGAAGCUACAAGAAGCCUACUGGACCGACCCCGACUCUGCCCUCCUUGCCGCCGGCCUCGACGCCCCUUCCUCUCCUUCCCAAUCUUCCAAAUCUCUGCCCCGAUCAUCCCAGCUCCGGUCCUUUGAGUGUCCGAUCUGCUUUUCGGAUUACGAAGGCAAAUCCGCUUCUCAAGACACGUUUUCCAUGGGAUGCGGUCAUAGGUUCUGCAACACUUGUUGGAGCGAGUACUUGAAGGGAAAGGUGAAGGAUGAGGGCGAGAGUGGUAGAAUUCAGUGUAUGGAGAGCGGGUGCAAGCAUGUCAUCAAUGCCGAGAUGGUAGACGCAUUGUCUUCUGGGGAUGUCUCUAGACGGUACAAAGAACUCCUCGUCACCGCCUUUGUUACUGACUCCCCAGACCUCCGCUUUUGCCCCCACCCCGAAUGCCAAUACAUCACCCAAUGCACCCAAGCGCCUGCUCGCAUGCUGACUCAGCUCGUCCCGACUGUCGAAUGCCUGUGCAAACGCCCCCUCUGCUUUGGAUGUGGCUACGCCGAUAGCCACAGGCCUGUGAUCUGCAAGAUUGUAAAGUACUGGGAGAAGAAGUGCGCGGACGAUAGUGAGACGUCGAAUUGGUUGUCGGCGAAUACGAAAGAGUGCCCAAAGUGUAAUUCGAUCAUUGAGAAGAAUGGUGGUUGCAACCAUAUGACUUGUAAAAAGUGCAAGUGGGAAUUCUGCUGGGUCUGUAUGGGCCCAUGGACUGAACAUGGUACGGCAUACUAUCAGUGUAACCGAUACGACGAGAAGAGCGGUCUGGAUGCUCGAGACGCUCAAACGAGAUCACGCGCAGACCUCGAGAGAUACCUCCAUUACUUUAACCGUUGGGCAAACCACACCCAAUCUGCCAAGCUCGACACUGAAUUCUACGCCAAGACUGAACGCAAGAUGGAGGUCAUGCAGCAUCAAGCCAACUUGUCGUGGAUAGAAGUGCAGUUUGCCAAGGAGGCUAUGGAUGUUGUCGUCAAAGCGCGAAUAACGCUCAAGUGGUCUUAUUGCAUGGCUUACUAUCUGCAGAGGAACAAUCAGACUGAGCUCUUUGAGGACAAUCAACGUGAUUUGGAAGGUGCUGUCGAGAAUCUGAGUUUCCUACUCGAAUCAAACAUCGGAGAUGUAGAGGAGAUUGCCAAGCUGAGGCUUGAUGUCACGAACCAGGCGGCGUAUGUGCAGAAGAGGCAUGAGAUCUUGUUGGAUGAUACUUUGAGAGGGUAUAUGGAGCACCGAUGGAAGUUUUCAGUCGACGUGUAG